AUGGCACUAUACCUCUCCGUACCCAUCCUUGACGCGAUGAUCAAAUCCGUCGAGCUGGAACCUAUUGACAGCAGUGCCGUGAAGGCCUUAUCCUUCGGACUUCUUAUUUACUACUUCCGACCAGCGAACGGCUACUUAGUUGCGCCCGUCAAGUUCCAAAUCAACCAAUCUACUGAUAAUAUGGCCCUCAGAGUUCAGCGCUUAGCUCCCCAAUCCCGAAUCAUUAUCGACCACACAGUUGCCGGAGCGAAAUGUGAAGGUGGCUACUUAUUGGAGACGUUAGAGCAAUUUGAGAAUACCUUUGGCCAUGCAAAGACUGAAUUCGGGAGGUGUUGGGCAGUUUUGUUCCAUGGGUCUAUCUUGCAUUUCUAUGAAUAUCAUCGAGAUAUCCCGGGUGCACGACUUGUUCCAAGAGCGCCGCUCAAUCAAUAA